AGCUAAUAUAUCCUAGAAUAACUGGAUUUCAUCAUCUGCUGGCUCUACUUUUCAUACUUUACAUAAUAAUUAUAAAUAUUCUACACUUUUUCUUGAUGAAUUUAACAUGUGCUAAGGCUUCAAGUGAGGCAAAGAGAACUUCACGUAUUGUUAGCUACCUCAUCAAUAGAAAUGGAUGUGUGGCAGAGGAAGAAGAGCUAGAAGAGUUCAUGACACGCUUGCUUCAUCACAGAGCUGAGUUUUCGGCGUGCGGCAUGUUCACAUUGGACAGGCCACUCAUAUUAGUGGUGGCGGCAACUAUUACAACGUAUCUAGUGGUAAUGAUACAGUUUCUAAUAGCAAACGAUAGUGGGGAAUCAAAAACUGUCAGCAAAGGGAACCUGUCGAUUACACCAUCAUUUCCAAUUACCAAUAAUAGCAUUGAAUAAAUUUCAUUUUAUAGGACAUAUAUAAUUCAAUUACUGAUUGUCCAACUGAAAUGAAAGUAUUUCAUUCCUAAAAUUUCAUUCUACAGGGUUGUUGUUCUCAUGAAAAUUAAUAAAUGAUCAUUUGUA